CUUCACGUCAGUGGCACGCGGCUCUCGUGACGAGGAGGAAAAGAACGGAAGGUACGAGGCGUCGCGUCAGGAUCGCGACAGGAAGGAAAGGGGGAGACUUUGCGAUGCUGCGGAAUGAACGGGAAACAAAACGGUGAAGGGUUUUCUUCAAAGUACAAGCACUCGUCGUCAAUCGCGAAUUUCUUUCUCGCCGAGGAAGACCUCUGACACUGCGACGGCACCGUCGAAGAAGACGCUCUUCAACGUCGCGAUGGCUGUGGAAAAUAAUCCGCACGUUGCGGGAAAAGGCAGAAAGACGUUGCUCCCGGUUCGGUACGUGAUGGCCACGAUGGGAUCCAUCGGUCUCGCCAUUCUCUACGGCUUCAAAGUCAACGUCAGUGUGGCGAUCGUCGCUAUGGUGAACCAUACAGCCGUUAAACUGUCCACGUCUCACGACUUGGAGGCCAACAGCAGCACCGUAGCGAGAGAAACGGAAGAAGUUUGCGGUACCUCGGGCGUCGCGAAGACCGCGGUCGAGGAUGGUCCGUUUGUAUGGGACGAGUCUCUUCAAGGUCUCAUCUUGUCCGCCUACUUCUGGGGCUACAUGGUGUCUCUGUUGCCCGGUGGAAGAAUGGCGGAACUCUGGUCGGCUAGAUGGGUGAUGAACGGAUCGGUUCUGCUGAACCUCGCGGCGUCUUUAUUGACACCCAUCGCGGCGCAGAUUCAUUACUCAUUCUUCAUAGCGACGAGGUUCAUUCAGGGAAUCGGUGGAGGUGUCUCCUUUCCCGCCAUGCACGUCAUGAUCGCCAAGUGGGCGCCGCCGAAUGAAAGAAGCAUCAUCGCGUCGAUCGUUUACGCGGGAACGGCACUCGGCACCGUGAUCUCCAUCUUGUUGUCCGGCUUGCUAGCCGCGAGUCUCGGUUGGCAGUUCAUCUUCUACGUGGAAAGCGCACUCUGUUUGAUCUGGUGCGUCGCCUGGUGGCUCAUGAUAGAGGAUUCCCCGGAGGAGCAGUCGAGACUGAUCAGCCAAGAGGAGAGGAAUUACAUCAUGACAUCUUUAGGACACAGCAAGCAGGACGUUCACAAGAAGAAAUUACCGGUCCCGUGGGGGCAAGUGUUACGCUCCAAACCGUUCAUAGCGAUCCUAAUCGCGCACUUUUGCAACAACUUCGGCUGGUACAUGCUGCUCAUCGAACUGCCUACCUUCAUGAAUCAGAUCUUGAAGUUCGACAUGAGCUCGAACGCAGGACUGUCCUCCAUGCCGUUCCUAUGCAUGUGGGUCUUCACCAUGGUUCUCAGUAAGGCGUUAGCUGUCAUGCAAGACAAGGAUCUGAUCUCGGUGACGAUGUCGAGGAAGAUCGGAACUCUGUUUGCGUCCCUCGUACCCUUGCUGUGCUUGAUCGGCGUGUCGUACGUCGGCUGCAAUCGCGUCCUGGCGGUCGUGCUGAUGACGAUUGCGGUAGCCUGCAUCGGCGGCAUGUACUGCGGCUUCUUGGCGAACCACAUAGACAUAGCGCCAAACUUCGCCGGUACCUUGGUGGCGAUGACGAAUUGCAUCGCCACCAUACCUGGCUUCGUCGUGCCGAUAUUCGUGGGAAAACUGACUCAGGGAAACCAAACCAUAGAAGCAUGGAGGAUCGUGUUCCUUGUAACAGUCAUUCUGUAUACCAUCGAGAUAUUGGUCUACACUAUUUUCGGAAGCGGCAACGAGCAGCCAUGGAACAAGACCAGGCUGUCGGACGAGGAGACGUGCGAUCAGAUGACGCCUUUAAAAUGUAUCAACAAGGCGAAAUAGAAUCACGCAGAGGAACGUCACGUCGAGCGCCGCGACUUAGUCUGUAAUUCAUUAUUUAUGACAUUUUUCUCAUCGCGAAGGAUCUUGUACGUUCAUUGUCUUAUUAUUGAUCUCUUUGUCGGACACGAAGAAGUGCACAGACAUGUGCGCAGUUCAAAUGCUCCAGUUAACAAGUACUUACGUUCGCAGAACACGUAUGAAACAAGAUAUCAGGAUAUGAUUGUUGUAUGAAAGCGAAUAAUACUUAUUUAUUUAUGUAGAAACGAAUCUAUAUAAAAGAUUUAUGACGUUGCCAAGUUCCA